CCCCGCAGACUCCUGGGUUCUCCUCCAGAGGCCCUUCCUUUCCCAGAGGAAGUCCUGAGUCCUGGCUGAGGGAGGCAGGGAGGAAGGGCGACGAUGGAUGGGGCCUGGCUCCCUCCCAUUCCUGGGAAUGGCCGCUCCAGGGGAUUUAGAGCAGCCCAGGCGCCGCCCGCGCCUCCCGUGACUGCCGGCCAUCCCUCCAUCCCUCUCCAGAGCCUGCCUCCCUCCUCUGCCUAGCAGCCAUGGCCUCUCCGCGGCUGGAGACCUUCUGCUGCCCGAACCGCGACGGCGCCACGCAGCUGGUGCUGUCCUUCCAGCCGCGGGUCUUCUGCGGGGUCUGCGCGGGGAGCGCCGCCGCCGGCCUGGCCCUCAGCCUCCUCCAGCUCCUGCCCAAGAAGGGCCGGGGGGGCCCCGCCAGGAAGGGGCCCAAGGCCGCCUCCUCCUCCUCCUCCUCCUCCGCCGCCACCAUCCUCCGCCUGGUCUCCGCCUGCGACCUCCUCGGAGCCCUCGGUAUCAUAUUCAGAUCAACUGUUUGGUUAGGGUUUCCAAACUUUGUUGCAAACAUAUCUGUGGUGAAUGGGACUGAUGUCUGGCCUGCUGCCUUUUGUGUGGGAAGCGCGAUGUGGAUCCAGCUCCUGUACAGUGCUGGCUUUUGGUGGCUCUUUUGCUAUGCUGUUGAUUCCUACCUGGUUGUUAGAAGAUCAGCAGGUUUAAGUACAAUUGUGUUAUAUCACAUGAUGACGUGGGGCUUGGCCAUCCUGCUCUGUGUGGAGGGAAUUGCUAUGCUGUACUACCCUUCAGUUUCUAGUUGUGAAAAUGGUCUGGAGCAUGCAAUUCCUCAUUAUGUCACUACAUAUGUUCCGCUAGUUCUUGUUUUGCUAGCCAACCCAAUUCUUUUCAGUAGGACAGUGACUGCUGUUGCAUCUUUAUUGAAAGGAAGGCAAGGGAUCUACACGGAGAAUGAAAGACGUCUGGGGACAGAGAUCAAAAUUCGUUUUUUCAAAAUUAUGUUGGUGGUCGUUAUUUGCUGGUCAUCAAAUAUUAUCAAUGAAGCCCUCCUAUUCUACCUGGAAAUGCAGCCAGAUAUCAAUGGAAGCCUCUUAAAAAAUGUCCGAAAUGCUGCACUGAUCACAUGGAUCAUCAUGGGUGUACUGAACCCAAUGCAAGGCUUUCUUUUCACACUGGCUUUUUAUGGAUGGACUGGCUGGAAGUUGGAUCUACAGUGGCGGAAAAGUGAAAUACCAUGGGAGUCGAUGUCCACAUCAACUGCUGCUGAGAAUGCUUAUGGCUUGCCAGGCGAAAACUCUGUGAAUUUUCAUGACUCAAAGAAAACGUCAGUAGCACCAAGCCAUCAGACGGACGAAGCCUUAAGCAUGCUGUCUGAAGGUUCUGAUGCUAGCACAAUUGAAAUCCACAUCUCAAGUGGAAUCCAUGAAUUAGAUGGUAACGAUGCUGAUGUUGAAUAAAUGAAAAAGGAUUACAGUGAGGAGCUGGAGACCCCCCAGAUUCUCUCAUGGCAUGGUUUGGUAGUCCUUCUAUGAAAUUCAGAUUUCCCACCAUUCCACACACACGUCUGAAUGCUCUGUUUGAUUAACUUCUGACUUUUUUUAGUCUAUGCAAAAACCAUAUUUUGAAUAGAUAAAGUUAUCUUGAUCAUGGAUUCAAGCCAUGCCCAGAUUCAACACAUGUUAAAAUAUUCUGCUUGUCC